AUGUUUGCUUGGGGCUCUGCAGAUGAGGGUCAGCUGGGAAUCCCCGUCUCCGGCGAAGAUAACGGGCAUGUUAGUCAACCUAGGUGGGUGCCCCCGCUUCCGGAGUCGAAAGUCACGAAGAUUGCUUGCGGCUACAGGCACACACUGCUUCUCACCUCUGAGGGUUUCGUUUAUAGCUGCGGCUCUAACGAGUUUGGCCAACUGGGCAACGAACGAAAGACAAACUCCUUUACGAGGAUCUCCGGCCUCCAGCACAAAAUUCGCGAUAUCACCUGCGGUGCCUAUCACAGUGGUGCAAUUACGCAAAAUGGCAAGGUCUACAUGUGGGGAUGCAACACAAACGGUCAGCUAGGACGGACGUCGGAGGACACUGCUGUUGCCUUGCUGAACUUUCCCUAUGGCACUGUAGUUCAGGUAGAGGCGAGUUCCUCUCAAGGAACCCUUUUACGUUCCACUAUUUGUUGUUUCUUAUGCGACGGUCCAGCCUUCGUUGUCUAUCAAACGAUAAGUCUCGGAGUCGAGCAUAGUGUGGCUCUGACGGAUACCUCUGAUGUCUACGUCUGGGGUUCCAACACUCAGGGCCAGCUUGGCUUGGGUUUCGUAUCUCAGGCCUCCGUCACCACCCCAACCCGCAUCGAGUGUUUAGCGGGCCUCCCAGUUCGUCAGUUGGUUGCCGGUGGCUAUCACAACCUCCUCCUUACCCCC